AUGGAUAUGCCCUUCCCCCGUAGCAUUGCUGGCCCGACAGCAUUGCGAGCACAACUUUGUAUCUCGGGCGGCCGGGGAGAUGCAAACAUUCGCACCUCCAUACAUCACACCUUGGUAGCACAAGCAAGCGACACAACAACGAUACAAAGUCAGCAGCAGGAGCACGGCUCUGCCCGCUACUGCAGCAGCCACGCGCGCUGCGCGAGCACAGAGGCGGCGUGGAGGAAGCGUGCGCGAGCCCCGCCGUGUGGAGGCAGAGAAGGUCUGGUGUCGCUGCCCCGGCACGCGACAGCGUACGGGUCCGGCCAAACAGCCUGGCGCGUGCGGGCGUGGCGAGUUACCGGCGGCGCACGCCCACGUCAACACGGGAGCACGCGGCCCGGCGGUAUGGGAACACGCACAGUCAACGCGCAGCCCAGUCGGCCACGGGAGCGCGCGGAUCCUGCGGUGCGGGAAGUGGCCCCGGCACGUGAGGGUCGUGAUGCAGCCACGAAUCCAAAGUUACGUGGCUUCUAUAGGUUCCAGAAGGAGUAUUUUGAUGAGUUGGUUCAUAAGAAGAUCAUCAGGGUCAGCUGUGAGCAGAUUGAGGAGAUUGAGGAACCGAAAACUGUCAAAGAUGAGGGUGUGAAGGACCUGGAGAAGAAGUUGGAGAAAAUGAUGUGGAAAAUGAAUUGUUUCAUUGUUUGUCUUGCAAUUGUUGUAUUUGGUGUUUUAGUCAAAUCCAUUGUAAUGGCCUGA